AUGAGUUGUGGAUUCAACGCUUCCUGCAUUUCACCGACCACCGGAACAGCACCAGACACAUUCGGUGCUGCAGUUCAGUUCUUUGCGGCAGCUCAGUGUCUUUUAACAGAUGCGCCGAUUCCAGAUGAUGACGUAACAGAAGGUGCAACAUUCGACUUCAUUAUAGUCGGAGGAGGAUCUGCAGGGUGUGUGUUAGCCAACCGCUUGAGUGAAGUGGAACAAUGGAAAGUACUGCUGAUCGAAGCUGGUUCAAGCCCACCAGUCGAGAGUUCUAUACCAGGAUUGGCUAAAGGAAUCUACGGCACAAAAUAUGACUGGCAAUAUUAUACCCAAUUCAACGGAGUUACAAAUAAAGCAAACAUAAAUAAGCAAACUUAUUGGCCCCGCGCAAAAAUGUUAGGUGGAUGUAGUAACAUCAACGGUAUGUUAUAUUUCAGAGGAAACAGUUUAGAUUACCAAAGAUGGUUCGAUUCUGGAAACAUAGACUGGAGCCCACGAGUAGUUAAAGAGUGCUUCAAAAAAGCAGAAAGUCUCCAAGACCAAUCAUUAUUGAAAAAUCCGAACCUAAAAAGAUUCUACGGUACUCAGGGUCCAUUAGUAAUUAAUACCUUUAACAGCACUUACAGAAGCUUAACACAAAAAGUACUCCAGUCGUGGGACGAAAUUGGUUUCAAAACCGUUGAAGAUUUAAAUUAUAACAAUGAACUAGGAUCUGGAAUUUUCCGCGCAACUGCUUUUAAUGGACGCCGUGGAAGCACUGAUCAUGUGUACUUAAAUCCAGCAAGAAGUAGGAAAAAUUUAUUUGUUAUUACAAAUACGCUUGUUACCAAAGUUCUUAUUGACAGUAACACUUUAGAAGCAAAUGGCGUUGAAGUGGAACGCGAUGGAAAGCUGAUGAACGUUUUCGCAAAAUCAGAAGUCAUUUUGUCUGCUGGUACUGUAAACACACCACAACUUCUAAUGUUGUCUGGGAUUGGACCAAAAGAACAUUUGGAGUCGAAGAAUAUUCGGUGUUUAGUGAAUUUGCCUGCUGUCGGAAAAUACCUUCAAGAUCACUUAAUGAUCCCAGUGACCAUAUACGGUGACGGUGAUAGUGAACCAUCGCAGGCAGAAAGAAGUUUUGAUUCAGUUCAAUAUAUUUAUAACAAAACGGGUUCCUUAGCACAAAAUAGUUUUAGUGACGUCGUAGCAUUUUACUCACGUAAAAAAAGGGCUGGAUAUCCAGACUUUCAGAACCAUCUUCAAAUAUUCCACAAGAACUCAUCGGAUUUGCAGGACUAUUUGAAUAAAACUGUGAGAUAUAAAGCAGUCGUAAUAGAUUCAGUGGUAAAACAAAAUAAAAACAACACUUUAUACUUAUUCCUGUUCAAUCUGCUUCAUCCUCAAUCUACAGGGUAUAUUAAGCUAAACUCUUCAAAUCCCAAAGACCAUCCAUUGAUUUACGCCAACUAUCUGAAUGAUACUCGAGAUAUAAAAGCUACAGUAGAUGGGAUUAAGAUGUUAACAAGGAUUGUUAAAACCAAAUAUUUUAGAUCCAUCAAUGGAUUUUUAGGCCGAAUGAGUUGGCCUACAUGUGAUGCUUUGGAAUUAGAUAGUGAUGAAUAUUGGAAGUGUAUAGCUAUAAAUAUGGUAUUCACUGUAUAUCAUCCAAUAGGGACUGCUAGAAUGGGUAGUAAUAAAAGUAAAUCUGUAAUAAACAGUAGAUUGAAAGUACAUUUUGUCAAGAAACUGCGAGUGAUUGAUGCCAGUGUAAUGAUGUCUCAUAUCAGUGGAAAUAUCAAUGGUCCAGUUAUAAUGAUUGCUGAACGCGGAGCUAAUAUGAUAAAACAAGAUUAUAGGUUGGAACAACCGAAUGAUCUAUGUAACUGA